AUGUCAUACCCAGAUGUUGAAUCCGUUUCUUCUUCAAACAAUCGGCUUAUCACCGAGGAGCUAGAUUACGACGUUCCCAUGAUAAAGAAUGACUAUGAUCGUAUGUUUCUUGCAUUAACAGAUGAGCAACGUAAUAUUUUCCUAAACAUCAUGAGUGCUAUUCAAGAAAAUAAAGGAGGUGUCUUCUUUGUUUACAGUUAUGGUGGAACGGGUAAAACUUUUUUAUGGAAAACAAUAUCUGCAGCAAUUAGAUCUGAAGGAAAUAUUGUAUUAAAUGUUGCUUCAAGCGGUAUUGCUUCCUUAUUAUUGCCUGGUGGUAGAACAGCACACUCUCGAUUUAUAAUUUCAUUUGAGCUUACAGAGGAUUCUUUUUGUAACAUAAAUCCAGACGGUGAGUUGGCAAGCUUAAUAAGAAAAACCUCUUUAAUAAUUUGGGAUGAAGCACCUAUGAUCCAUAAGCAUGCAUUUGAAGCUUUAGAUCGAACUUUUAAGGAUUUACUAAGGUGCGUAAAUUCAACAAUCUCAAAUAUUCCGUUUGGAGGGAAAGUUAUUGUCUUUGGAGGAGAUUUUAGACAGAUUCUACCUGUUGUUCCGGGUGGCAGUAGACAGAACAUUGUAAAUGCUUCUUUGAGUUCUUCGUAUUUAUGGGAACAUUGCAAAGUCCAUAGAUUAACAAAAAACAUGAGGCUAACUGUUGGAAGGGAUCAAUCAGAUAUAGGAAAAAUAAGAGAUUUUGCAAAUUGGUUGUUGGAUAUAGGAGAAGGAAAACUUGGUGGUCCGAACGACGGUGAAACGAUUAUCGAUAUUCCGGAUGAUAUUCUCAUUAACGAUUCACAUGAUCCUAUAGUUGUCCAGGAAAUAAACGACCGUUUGCUUAAGAAGUUUCCAGGAGAUGAAGUUGAAUAUUUCAGUUCAGACAGCAUAUGUGAAUCCGAAUUUCUCCAUGAUCAAUUUGAUGCAAAUCUAUACUCUCCUGAUGUAUUAAAUGGUCUCAAAGUAUCCGGUUUACCAAAUCAUAAGUUAGUUUUAAAAAUUGGUGUUCCAGUAAUGUUACUGAGAAAUAUUGAUCAGAAAAACGGCUUAUGCAAUGGCACAAGACUACAGGUGUUAUCAUUGGGCAAACGUGUUAUUGAGGCACGUAUAAUAACUGGAACUAAUAUUGGAAAUCGGACUUUUAUUCCAAGAAUGUCUUUAACUCCAUCAGAAAAAAAGAUUCCCUUCAAAUUCACAAGAAGACAGUUUCCUUUGGCCGUAUGUUUUGCAAUGACUAUUAAUAAAAGUCAAGGACAAUCGUUAUCAAAUGUUGGUUUGUUUCUGAAAGAUCCAGUUUUUUCACAUGAACAAUUGUAUGUUGCCUUAUCUAGAGUUCAGAGCAGAGAGGGAUUAAAAUUAUUAAUUUUAGAUAAAGAUGACAAACUCACAAAUAAAACUUCCAAUGUUGUUUAUAAGGAAGUUUUUCGAAAUUUGUAG